CAGAGAAACGGGCGCACAGCGGCGACUUGAACGGAAACGGGGGAAGCUGCAGAAGAACCGGCUGGUUUAUCGGGACCUCAGCAUGCCACAGGACAGAUGUUGAGGAGGGUCCGGGACUACCGAAUCCAGCCCUGAACGGACCAGCAGACGGCCACGCCCCGGAUCACCGACCACACCGGACCGACUGCUGCCGGGGAGCGGGCUGACCCAGCGGGAGAGGAGCCAUGAGAGAGUACAAAGUAGUGGUUCUCGGGUCCGGAGGGGUCGGGAAAUCCGCAUUGACCGUCCAGUUCGUGACGGGAUCCUUCAUAGAGAAAUACGACCCCACGAUAGAGGACUUCUACCGGAAGGAGAUCGAGGUGGACUCGUCCCCGUCCGUGCUGGAGAUCCUGGACACGGCGGGGACCGAGCAGUUCGCCUCCAUGAGGGACCUGUACAUCAAGAACGGCCAGGGCUUCAUCCUGGUCUACAGCCUGGUCAACCAGCAGAGCUUCCAGGACAUCAAGCCCAUGAGGGACCAGAUCAUCCGGGUCAAGAGGUACGAGAGGGUCCCGAUGAUCCUGGUGGGGAACAAGGUGGACCUGGAGGGGGAGCGGGAGGUCUCCUCCGGGGAGGGCAAGGCUCUGGCGGACGACUGGAACUGCCCCUUCAUGGAGACUUCAGCCAAGAACAAGAGCUCCGUGGACGAGCUGUUCGCUGAGAUAGUCCGCCAGAUGAACUAUGCCUCGGCCCCGGGCGGCGAGGACCAGUGCUGCUCGGCCUGCGCCAUCCUCUAGGAACUCUUAAUAAAGUUAUAAUGUUCGGUUUCAGUUUGCAAUGUGUGUUGCAGCGAGUGUGUACUGUGGAGCUCUUCUUGGUGUCUCAGCCCGGCCUUGGAGGAAAUACAGGGAGGAAUGCUGCAGGGGGACGAGAGGAGGAGGAGGAGGAGGAGGAGGAGGAGGAGGAGGAGGAGCAGGAGGGGAGCCACUGAGACUCAGAGGGAGGGUCCACUCUUCAGGAAUUCUGCUGGGUUGGAGUAUCUCUGCUGCACGAUCAGUGUCCACCAUUGAUGUCAACACAGUCAGAUCCAGAGUUUCAGCAACACCUUCACCAGCUUCACCUGUCCUCACAACUGGAACUAAACCCCAACGCAACAGAUACGGAGGGCAACACUUAGAGACACUCACAAAUGGAUAUUUCUGUAUGAGAAGACAGAGAGAGAGUAUAUUUUGUCAAAUAAACUGCACAGUCUGGGGCGGGUAAAGAUCGGGGUGAUUUCUCUGCCUAACCCAUGUUGGAGCAGUGCUCCUCAACACUCCAAAUCCUAUUUUUUCCAAAGUCAAAAGAAAUUGACACCACUUAUCUGCUGGUGGAGUAAACGUGAUGAGUGCCACUUCUUUUCUUCGUCUCCUCUUCGUGUGUGAGGACCUUAACUGAAGAGACAUGGGGACGGUGACCCGGUCGCCCUUGUGUCGAGUGCCUUUCCAAAACAAAUCAGCUGUUCAGAUUUAGUGCCAACCUACAUGUAUCACCAAAAGAACCCUUCAACAUGGCAAUCCACAAUUUAGUGAACUGUUCUUCUGGAUAAUCUCGUAGGGGUGGAGGCUGAAGAGAAACUACGAUAGGCUUUUUGUUCAUGGAAUGGCGGUUUUUCUGUAUGUUUUCUGUUGGCCUUUUUGAAGUCUAAGGUGUUCAUUCUGCAAUGUCUGCUUAGUCUGGCCAAACCUAUAUCUUGAAAUGCACAGGUACUGGAACCUCCUAGACGUGGUAACACCAAACGCUACCUUCCAGACCACUUAAAUCAAUUUCUGUUUCUGUUUAUUUUGUUGUUUUUAACAGGAAAUGUGAUGAUGUACCGUUGACAAAUCUAACCUGAUUGUAAGUUUAAUUUCAGACCAGCCCUUUAACAAUGGGCAGUCUGUUUAAAAACAAGACUUUUAAUACAAAUUGCAUUUUUUUAAAAAGAAA